GUGGAAGAGAACCUUAAAUGUUGUACAGGAUCCUGUUGCAUGAGCUCGGCCUUCCGAUGAAAGAGUUAUUUUUUGAUUCCCUCUCGAACAUCCAAAAAAGCCACAGGUGCCAGCUGGUCCUGCUGGCUCCUGCCCAUGGAGAAUAAGCAGAGGUCUCUCAUCGUUUGCGUUUAAUUUAAGGGCUGAGCCAGCUUUCUGUGCACCUUCCCUUUGUUGCCAUGGAAAUGAAUGCCACCUCUGGAGGCGCAGAAGGCCAGCGGGACAUCUACCACCAGAAGCCGGAAAACAAGGAUGAAGAGGGAGCACAGCACUCUGAAGACGAGCAGGAAAAGCACAAGGAAAAGAUGGGGAAGAAAACGUUGGCAGAUGUAAUUCAAGAAAUGAAAACUUUUCUGUGGAAUUCAGAGAAGAGAGAAUGUAUGGGAAGAACAGCUCAGAGCUGGGGCUUGAUCUUACUCUUUUACCUCAUUUUGUAUAUGUUUCUGGCUGGGAUGUUCUCCUUUUGCAUAUACGGGUUGCUGCUCACUCUGAGCCCCUACACACCUACGUACAGGGACAGAGUCUCGCCACCAGGAGUAAUGAUUAGACCAUACUUACAUGGAUUUACCAUUGCCUUCAAUGUCUCUGAACCCAGCACAUGGACACCUUAUGUGAACAGCAUGCAUCACUUCCUACAAGCUUAUGAUGACAACAUUCAAGAGGAAAAGAACAUUGAGUGCCCAGCAGGCCAAUACUUUGUUCAAGACGGCGCGGAAAGCAAAGAGAAGAAAGCCUGUCAGUUCAAGCGAUCACAGCUGCAGAACUGUUCUGGGAUUGAGGAUCCCACAUUUGGCUACUCUACAGGCCAGCCAUGCAUCUUGUUGAAGAUGAACCGGAUCAUAGGCUAUCGACCUGGCUAUGGGACGCCUGUGAGCGUGAACUGUGCCAUUCAGAAAGGCAAUGAAAGUGCUCUUAAAUCAGUGGACUUCUACCCAGGCAAUGGAACAUUUGAUCUCAUGUACUAUCCCUACUAUGGCAAGCUCACUCACGUCAACUACACCUCCCCGCUGGUGGCUCUGCACUUCACAGAUGUGAAGAAGAAUGAUUUUGUCCCCAUUCAGUGCAGACUGAAUGGGGAAGGAAUUGUGAAUAAUGUGACUAAUGAUCGUUUCCUGGGCCGAAUCAUCUUUACACUCAGCAUCGGAAUGUAGCCCAUGCAAACAUUCACCAAGCACUUUUUUUUAACUCUUUACGGCAAGCAGGUGCUUUUUCCACUCCACCUUUUAAACAUAAUGGCAGAAUAUAGCACCUCUUUUGUUAGGGAAACAGACAAAUUGUUUCCAAAAUAAGUUAGAUACGUCUUUAUUGGAUUUUUUUUAUAGAGAGAGAGAUAACCGCACAUAAUAUAGACUGAGGAGCUACAUUUUUUUAAAUGUAAAUGCUUAACAAAUCUUAUUGGCGGUAUAGAUCCAGUCUUGUAACUACAGGUAGAGAGCCCUGGUAAAACAUUUCAAUAUUGAUUUUAAAUGCUUACAGGACAUUUUAAUACUAUUUUCAUAGAGUCACUUCAAAAGGAACAUUCCUGACCUUAUAUUUUACUUUUUAUCAUAGUUUUAAGUACAUUUCCCAGGUAGAAACUACAUGACUCGGUAGUGGAGGGCACUCCCACAAUCUUUUGGGUUACAUGUGAAAACUAAUAAAAAUCAAGUAAAAUGGCCCAUCUCAAAAUCCCUUGAGCCCAGAAGCCCUGGCACUGCAGGAGCCACUGUGCCUGGGGACAGCAGCCCAACUCAGCACAGCAGCAUUCGCAGUGGUAGCUUCAACCAUGUCUUGAUACAUGUGAGUUACUGGCUGCAAUUGGAAAGAGGAAGCCAUAAUAAGGAAUAAUUGUCAUUUAUGAAUCUUUAGGACUGUUCCCUCCACCUUUGAGCUGAGAGGAUAAACACAUUCCCCUUUCCCCCCUUUAAUACACUCCUCCUCUCUCUGCAUGGCCCUUUGAGUCCACCAGACUGAAAGGAGCUUCUCUCUCCUAGACCCCCAGCACGUCACACUGGCAGGAAGAGAUUGCUAGGAAACAAGGGUCUCCUUCCACCCACCCCAGAGCUGGGAACAGAAGCGGACUCUGUAUGGCCAUGCAGAGCACAGCUCACUGCCCCCAAACUUUUCAAAUCCUUCACCCCUCAGUGCCCAAAAGAUCACAGUGGUAAUGUCUUUAAAGCCAGAGAGGUAUGGGAGAAAACGUAGCCAUUUCUCCUUAUGGGUGAAAUUAACGGUGUGAUCUCAUUCUCAAUGUACUGUGUGGGAUUUUUGUCCCUGCUGGUGCCUGGCCAGUUGGUUAACCAGGCCCUAUCACUUCAGCAUUCAGAAUUCUCACAGUAAUUUGUUUCACCCACAGCUGUUUAGAUCAACCUCAUGGACAUAGAAAUUGAAAUGUUUCUUUCGUUGUGCUUGCACCCUCUGAUUUAUCAUUGCAAAAGUGCUGGGCUAUACAGCUUGUUUAUGUGGGCCUGCUUGGGAGUACAAGACUGUCAAUGUUGCUUUGUUAUUUUAGAUUGGUCAAGAGUGCUGGGCUGUGACCUCUGGUUUGUUAGUGCAGGGUUUAUCAAGAAUGCCGAGUCCUGCUACUGGUAUUUUUUUAAAGAAAGUGCUGCCUUAUACAUUUACUGUAACAGUGCGUGUGUGGUUCCAAUUCAUUCACUGAUUUCUGUCUGCAAGAUAAAAGAGAAAUGGGUAUUUUUGUCUGACACUCCUACAAAUUCCAUUUUUCACACCUGUAUUAGUAAUGGAGGUUCUACAGGCCAUUCUGCCCCCAGCUACAUCUGUGUAACCCUAUUAUCAUCAGAUCAUGCUCAUGACAACACCUGUGCAACCCUGUUAACCUUAAGUGGGUUAACAGCCUUUGUCCCUUAGUUCUCACCCGGUUUCACUAAUUGGGGCUCUCUCUUCUGGAAAAUCUGUGGCAUAUAUGACAGAGGAAUUUACCGUUGGGAUCUCUCCCCCUCAGUAUUCCUAGGAUAUGUACUGAUGUAUUACAGAGUGACAUACAGAUCUGGCUCCUCUCCCCAUUCUGUUUCAACAUGAUGAGAAAGAGAUUUUGCCUCAGGUAAUAUGGAACUGCACAGGCAGCAAUGUACAAUGUUUCCCUCUAUGCCUGUGAGGCUUUAGAAACUGAGUCCAAGUUUGUUAGAGCUCUUGCAGAAGCUGGGUAAAUUCUUAGCUCAGAGAUUCCAAAUUUGAGAAACAUGGUCCCUUUGUUUUUGAGACAGAGAGUCUAAAAAGAACCUUUGUGACAUGAGAUUCUCUGUGGUGGGUGUAAUCACAUACCCCCGCUGUCCUCACAGGAAGAUUUCACAUGGAUUUGAAACCUUCACUGCAGUUGAAAAGGGCUGAAUGGGCCCUUCCUGGGAUGCACGAGUGCUGCUCCUGGAGACUACCUGGGAAUAAUUUUGCAAGCCAGCACAACUGCUCUUACAGGCUACAUGGAAGUCAUUGAGUUGCUAGAUUGCAGUGACUCUUCAGGCCAAUAUGGGGUUAAGUACUUCCUCUUCUCCAUCUCCUGCACAGAAUCCUAAAGACUAGACAUCUGAGCUUCUUACGCGGCUACUAUGAGGUUGUGUAAGCUCUACGCAUGUGAGGAAAUAUUUCUUUGCUCAUUCCAAUCUCCUUCUCACACCAGCAACUGGAGCUUGAUUACUGCCAGCAUCUGUUGCUGUGACAAUUUACCCAUCCCUUCUUUUUCAACCAUUAGCCUUAAUAUACUUUAUGGCCAUCCACCUGUCAGUAUGGUUGGAGUACCCACCCCGGGAACAGGGCACGGCCUUCACUACAGCCACCUGUGCAGUACCGGCCACCCUUCUUGCAGCAAUACAACAUAUUAUUGAGAGUGAGUUUGCACCUUCUCCAUUUAGGAAUGAUUAAAAAAAUUUUGUACCGUCUCUGGUAUGUGUGAUGAAUGGAAUCACUCAGCCCAUUUUCUUAGGUCCAGACUUCACAGGCUUGAGAUGGUACCUGGAGCAGGCUUGUUAGAGGGCUUAUUUUUUCACUCUUACUUUCCUGAUUCUUUUUGCAUGAACAGAGAGCAACACUACCCGAAGUUUGACAGUGCAAACUAUUUGAGGUUGAUUAGGGUAAACUUCGAACAAGCAUGAUUUUAGGUUGUUUUUUUCCUUAGUGUUUCCCUUUUCAGCUUUGAUACCACAAAGCCUUCCAUGGCCCUGUUUUUAUUUCCUGUUUCCAAUCCCCCACCCUUACUGAAACAAUUUUAAAUUCUCCCUCCCCCCUUUCUUCUUCCCUUUCUCUGGAGGUGACUGAAAUACAAUGCUGUUCUGAUAUUCCUAACAGCCCAAUAGCACCUUAUUUCAAUAUGACUAGUUUGGAAUGUAAGAAUGACCAUACAGUUCUCAGCUUACGGCUGCUUCGCCAAAAGCUUAGCAUAAAAACCAGGCCUCAAACUGUCACAGUAUUAAAAAAAAAUUAAACAGUAAUUUUAAUACCUUUGUAACUAGCUAAUAAAAAUACACCUAAAUUCUUAUAGUAUAGGCCCUUGUAAACAGGCCUAAAUAUUUAUCCUAAACAAGGCUGACUCCAGUUACUAAGGUUUGAGCUUUAUAACUGGGCUCCCACCCAGUAAUAAAUCUAAUGCAAUAAAACUCUUGUGGGCAGGGAGUAGGAUUUAAUCAUAUUGGGACAAAAUCACCCCAGCUGUAAUUUCAUUAAUUGUCCAGGCAGAAGACAGACCAGCAUGUGAUACUAACUUUGACUAAAGUUUUCAAACCUGCAUGUUUAAGAAAAUCCACAUUCAGACAUCUAAAUAUGAGCACCCACAACUCCCAAGACGAACUGGAUUUAUGGCUGCUAAGCACCUCUAAAAAUCAAGGAACUUACAUAUCUAAAUAUUUAAUCCAUAUAGAUACCUAGCUUUAGUACUUACAUGUCAAAAUGGUGGCCUCUCUGCUCUCCUCUAAAUAUGCAGAAUUACUUCAAUCACUUACAUUUAGUGAGGCAUCUGUCAAUAACACCCAGAUCAAUGUAGGGUAGUUGACAGGUCAGAACAAGACUUUUCAAGGCAAGAAUAUUAGAAACUGCCCCUGGUAUCUGAAGAUCAAGCUGUGUUCUCUGUAUAUCCCAGGCUUCCAUGAGUAAUACAGAUUCAGCAAUCAGAAUUUUAUUGGUAGUUGUGUUGACAUGUGAACACAUUUUCUAAUUGCUGCAUGUUUCACUGGUAAACUAAAAAGACUGGAUUCAGAAGAUGUAUAGGGCUCACUCCUGCACUGAGCCUGCUGAUUAACUUCAAUAGGAACUGAAGGGCUCAGAAGUUUGAAGUGCCAGGGCCAUAGAGAGCACAUACACAGAAGUCUCUUUUCAUCCAUAACCACAUGCUAAAGUCCUUUUCUUCUUUAUAUUAAAAUAUAACACUGUCUAUAACCUCUAGUGUUUGCCAUUAUGAAAAAAGCAUUUAAAUAUUUGUUACCAUCCCUUCUGCUCAGAGUUUUAAUAACUCACUCCUCUUAAAUUUGGUUAUCCACAGACUGUGGAACACAACCACUGGCAGCACAAAUGCCACCCACCUGGCCUCUUCCUCAGUCCUUACCUGAAAGGAGCAUGGGGGUGAAGGAGAGCAAGUAGUUAUGAGUUUUCAUGGCUAUUGAAACCCAUGACACACCAGCCCCUUAGAUAAAGCUUUUAAAAGUCGCAUUCAUCUCUAUCAAGAGCGUUAACACUAGCAAAAGUAGACGAACAUCAUAGUUAACUUUAAUAUAGAUACUGUCAUCAGCACGUGUACAAUCUUUUGCAAAUUCAGAGAACCAUGUUUAUAUCACUUCAUUCUACAGUAACUUUAAAGUGCUUGCUUGAUUUUGACUUCUCAUGAAGUCCAAAAUAGCACUUAA